GCCCGCGGCGGGCUGGGAGGCCAGCCCAGAGCACUGCGGCGAGCGACCCCCAGGCCCCACUCCGGCAGCCCCGGCGCCCCACCACGCGCCCGCCAUGCCCGAGCAGCUCAGCGUCGCAGAGUUCCUGGCCGUCACUGCAGAGGACCUCAGCUCCCCGGCCGGGGCUGCCGCCUUCGCCGCCAAGAUGCCCCGGUGCCGCGGGGCAGCACUGGCGCGGGAGGAGAUGCUGGAAGGAGACCAGGCCAUCCUACAGAGAAUAAAGAAGGCUGUGCGGGCGAUCCAUAGCUCCGGCCUCGGGCACGUGGAGAACGAGGAGCAGUACCGAGAGGCCGUGGAGUCCUUGGGCAACAGCCACCUGUCUCAAAACAGUCACGAACUGUCCACCGGCUUCCUGAACUUGGCCGUGUUCACCCGUGAGGUGGCCGCGCUCUUCAAGAACCUGGUUCAGAACCUGAACAACAUUGUCUCUUUCCCCCUGGACAGUCUGUUGAAGGGGCAGCUGAGGGACGGGCGGCAGGAUUCCAAAAAGCAACUGGAGAAGGCAUGGAAGGACUACGAAGCCAAAAUGGCCAGGCUGGAGAAGGAGAGGGACCGGGCCAGGGUGACAGGAGGGAGUGCCGGGGAGGUGGCGCAGGACACCCAGAGAGAGCGACGCGUCUUCCAGCUGCACAUGUGUGAGUAUCUGCUGAAAGCCGGGGAGAGCCAGAUGAAGCAAGGUCCUGAUUUCCUGCAGAGCCUCAUCAAGUUCUUCCACGCCCAGCAUAACUUUUUCCAAGAUGGCUGGAAGGCUGCUCAGAGCCUGUCCCCCUUCAUUGAGAAGCUGGCAGCCUCAGUACACGCACUGCAUCAAGCCCAGGAGGAGGAGCUACAGAAGCUGACCCAGCUCCGGGACUCCCUCCGAGGGACGCUGCAGCUUGAAAGCAGAGAAGAGACUCUGAGCCGGAAGAACUCAGGAGGUGGCUACAGCAUCCACCAGCACCAAGGCAACAAGCAGUUUGGGACAGAGAAGGUGGGCUUUCUGUACAAGAAAAGUGAUGGAAUUCGAAGAGUCUGGCAGAAAAGGAAGUGUGGAGUCAAGUAUGGCUGCCUGACCAUCUCACACAGCACGAUAAACCGGCCACCAGUGAAGCUGACCUUGCUGACGUGCCAAGUGAGGCCAAACCCCGAGGAGAAAAAGUGCUUUGACCUGGUGACCCACAACAGGACAUACCACUUCCAGGCGGAGGACGAACAUGAGUGUGAGGCGUGGGUGUCAGUGCUGCAGAACAGCAAGGACGAUGCAGGAUCAGGGACCAUCAGUCCCACCAAGGCCAUUUGCAUGAAGUUGGGGCCAACCCUGCACCCUGAGGUGCUGGAGCUGCUCACGGAGAGCAGUGACCACAUAUCCCACCGGGCAGUGGAGGUGCAUUUCCGCGCGGCCGUGGUGGGCUCUCGCUUCCAGGGACUGAGCCCCCUGCAAUGCAGCUCCCAGCAUGGGCAAGAGAUCAACACCGUGGUCAUCAGCCACGGGGACUCGGGCAAGUCCACCACCAAUGAGCAUCUUACCUACAAGUGCGGGGGCGUCAACAAGAGGAGCAUCGAAAGGGCCUAG